AUUUUGUCUGACCACAUCAAGCACUAGUUGGAGAAAGAGUGAUUGUUGGGUCAUUACAUUGAAUCAGACUGAUGGUGAGACUGUCAGACUGUCAGCAGUGGGAUCACUGAUGCAUUUAACAAGAGGAGGGACUCUCAGAGCAGUUAGUUUGUGAACAUUCAUCUCGUCGUCCACUAAUCAGUUUCAGUCCCGACUGAGCUCUGAGUGCCAGAGGAUGAAGAUCGCCGUGCUGGGAGCCACUGGGCAGACUGGACAGUAUCUGGUCAGCCAGGCGCUGGAGCAGGGUCACACAGUCACCGCCAUCGUCAGGAACCCGGCGAAGCUCACGGUGCAUCAUGACAACCUAAAGGUGGUGAAAGCUGAUAUUUUCUCACCCGACAGCCUGAAGACUCACUUCAAAGGACAGGAUGUGAUCAUGUCGUGCCUCGGCUUCCCGGCCUCCGUCUUCUCUUCUGUGACGGGCUACACCCAGACGAUGAGUGCAAUAGUCAGCGCCAUGCGAGAGGCCCACGUCAACAGGAUCAUCACCAUGACCUCCUGGUACACAGAGCCAAACUCAGGAGCUCAGUCGCCGUUCCUGAUCCGCUUCCUCCUGCUGCCGAUAAUCCGAAGCGUCCUCAGCAACAUGUAUGAGAUGGAGCAGUUUCUGCAGAAGACCGACGACAUCAACUGGACUGUGGUUCGUCCACCGGGCCUCAAGAACGAGCCGCCAACAGCUAAAGAGUUUCUGACCCAUGACGGAUACUCUGUGCCCCCGAGUGCCGGUCAGUCUGUUGGCUCCUCAGUGGGAAGAGGAGAUGUCGCUCGUUUUAUGCAUUCUCUGCUCAGCAGCACCGCCUGGGUCAAGCAGGGUGUCGCCAUGACGACCAAAUAAGGAGGAAGAAGAAGCCGGUGUCGGUUCACUAAAAGUGCAAAAGGCUAAAUCACUGACCAAGUUUUGCUCAUAUCUCACCGUGGAGAUAAUUUUGGGAUGUCAACCUUCGAGACCUGAAUGCAAAGUUUACAUUUGUUGCUCACAGCAUUGAAUAAUUAAAGCUGCAGACGUCAGUAUUUUAUUUAAACAACAGAGUGAAAAAUGCACUGAAUGAUGCAAAAGGGAAUUCUCAUAGUGCCAAAGCAAUAAAGAAUUAUCACCUGCAGUUCCCUUUUGCUCCACAAAGCUUUUUAGCAUCUCUAAGCUUUUUGUUUUGUAUUUUCAACCCCCAGGUUAUAUUCAAGGUGCCAUCUUUAGCAUAUAUAAAUACACUUACUGUAUGCUAAGUGCUACAAUGACACAUUUCUCUCUAGAGUCCAUGAAGAACAAAAUUUUUGAAUAUUGAACUUGCAUUCAUCAUUUUUCCAGGAAUGUGACUCCAAAUAAAAUGCUAGCAUUGCUCUGUAUCCGUUCAUAAAUAAGCAGCAAAAACAUCAUGAGGAGACAUUGUUGUUUUACAGCUUAAAUUGACCGAAAAAAAAAACAUUAUUUAUUCCUGCUAUGAACACUGAAACUACUUUUUAUUGACUAAUCUGAAAGCUAGCAAGAGCAUCGCUUCUAAAAUGACGUUUUUUAAAAUAUUUCCAAACAAAUGCCAGUUCGUCUCUGUUGCCUUCAGGUUCUUGAGCCCAGAGCUGUCUUCAUGGUGAGAUUCUACCACUAAAACUGGAGGAGAAAAACAUCUUCUGUUGUAAAUCAUAAACUGACCUUUAACCAAAAAGCCUGCUAGUGGAUACAAUGGUGUCACUGCCUCAUAUAAGAAGUCUGAUGAAUGUCUUUUUUAAUUAACUUUUGUUUAACAUAUCCGUGCCUUUAUAUGUUAGAAAACAUUCAUUGAUACAUAUUUAAUCAUGUCGGUGUUUCUAUGAUGAUGAGGGGACGCUGCUCUUAUGCACGUGGUUGUUGUACAUUCUUUUAGCCACAUGAGGGCAGUGUUGUAACGUGAGCUGCACUUAAAUGGCAACUUGGAUUAACAGCAAAUCUGUUUGUCGUUCUGCUGCUUAAACGUGUCACAGAUUGAUUUUUAAAAAACAGUGUACAUAGAAACUGCUGCACUGUGUAUUCAGAGGGAUUUAUGUCAUAAAUUUACUCUAAUAACUCGUAAAGGAUCAUUGCUGCUGGAAGUGUAACUACAAGUUUAGGAAAAGUUGAAAAUUCAGGGUCGACUAAUUCAGCUUUCUCCAGUAUUUGACAUCAAACUGAGACUUGUGCAGAAAAGGCAGUGGCACUGUGAUGUUAAAGGAAGUGUUUUUUUUUUGCAUUCGCCCGAGACCAAACAUCUGGCCGCCUUUGAUUCCAGGGUGUUUCGGGCGUGGCUUUUUUGCCUGCAGCGAAUCCUGGUUUAAACCCGGCGUGAUUACAUUCUCAGCUGCUGGAUUUCUAAUGAAGAUGUGACUGUGAGCUUUUUUGCAGGGAGGAUUCCAGUCAUCGUUGCUCCUCCCUACAAACUAAUUACACUGCGUUUGUGUGAAAGCAGGAUUAGCAAGUUAUUCAGAAGCCUUUAAAAGUUCAGCUGUGAUGCAAGAUUGAAUCACGUUCCUGAACGUAAAACUCACAGUUCAAGCCUCAUGUUCACAUUGUUAUUGGAUUUACAGGUUGUUGGUUUGUCAGGUGUAAGGAGGGGUCAAGAUUAGCUUCCUUUGCACACUUACACAAUAAAUAUGUAACCGUGAAUGUGAAAUAAAAAUAAUUUUAAAAAGACA